AUGCCAUCCAAAUCAAAGCAGACAUCCAAGCUUUUAAAGAAUAUUAUGAUUGAAGUCUUCAUGAGUAGUGUCAGUGCCUAUGUUAAGAAGACUGAAAAACAGUCAACUCAGGCUGAACUGACUGCAGACCUUCAAGUCACCAUGAAAGCUCAGGAGGAGAUGAGAAAGAAUAUAGUUCAAAUCAAGAACAUACUAGCAGCUCCAGCUGUAAAGCCCACUGAGGCCAACAGCCUAUUCUAUGCUCAAGUCCUGCAGAAACCAUACCUCCUGAGAACAUCAAUGCAACUCAGACCCUCAAGUGGACUACAUGAGAUUCUGAUUAAAAUAGAAAAUACUGUCUCAGAAAGUGAAAUACAGAUAGUCUCAGAAGAAAUAAUCAAAGAAAAGAUCAAUAAAACACUGGAAAAAAGUCAAGUUCAGAAUCUGAAGAGUGUAAAAACCCUAGCUGUAAAGCAACACUCAAGUGAAGACAUCACACUGUACACAAAUGAUCAGGACACAACAAGGAAAAUGCAGAUAUACAAGAAGAAGUGA